AGAACGAUUCAAUACCACGUAUGAUUUCUGUUUUAACUUUCUAUCACUAGCUACUACUGGUAGUAUUAUUUACUGAUCUCUCUCUCUCUCUCUAUAUAUAAUAUAUAUAAUCGCUGGUCGUCGUCGACGCGUGAAAGCAAACCUGAACUUGAAAUCUGAAUUAAUGGUGGUGGGCGGCAACUAGCCGCAGCGCGAUGGAUCUCGCCACGGAAGAGGAAGAGCUGCAGUUCCUCAGCAUCCCCGACAUACUCAAGGAAUCUAUUUCCAUCCCCAGGCAGUCCCCCAGGACCUUCUAUCUCAUUACCCUAACCCUAAUCUUCCCCCUCUCCUUCGCUAUCCUCGCCCACUCGCUCUUCACGCACCCCAUCCUAUCUCAGCUCCUGUCCGAUCCCGCCGCCCAACCCUCCAACUGGUCCAAGCUAUUCAUUUUCCAGUUUUUUUACUUUUUCUUCCUCUUCGCCUUCUCCCUGCUCUCCACCGCUGCCGCUGUCUUCACCGUCGCCUCCCUUUACGCCUCCAAGCCCGUUUCUUUCUCCUCCACCAUCGCGGCCAUCUCCGGCGUUUUCAAGCGCCUCUUCAUCACGUUUUUAUGGGUUUCUCUGCUGAUGGUUCUCUACAACAUUGUGUUCCUGGGUUUUCUUGUGCUCCUCGUUAUCGCCGUGGACACGCAAAACGCCGUCUUGCUCGUGUUUUCUAUGUUUGUUAUCUUCUUCUUGUAUUCAGGCGUGCAUGUUUAUAUAAGCGCAUUGUGGCAUCUUGCCAGUGUUGUGUCUGUUCUUGAGCCCGUCUAUGGCUUGGCUGCUAUGAGGAAGAGCCUUGCAUUACUCAAGGGGCGGACCAGGAUGGGAUUCGCUAUGGUUUUCGGGUACCUGGCCAUCUGUGGAGUGAUCAACGGAUUAUUUGGGUCGAUUGUGGUGCGCGGAGGAGAUAAUAAUUAUGCGGUUUUGCCUAGGAUUAUUGUAGGCGGGUUUCUUGUAGGCGUGCUGGUUAUCGUGAACUUGGUCGGAUUGUUGGUCCAGAGCAUCUUUUACUAUGUUUGCAAGAGCUAUCAUCAUCAGGGUAUUGAUAAGAGUGCUCUGUGUGAUCAUCUCGGUGGAUACCUUGGAGAGUAUGUACCUCUUAAGGGCAGCAUUCAGAUGGAAAACCUAGAUGAUGCCUGAUUCUGUGUUGGGUUGCAAAUGCGGAUCAGGUCAGGGAUACCUGUUAGUACAAAGAAAUGUAAUAGUUGAAAGCGUCUGGAAAAGUAAAGUAAUACUAUGUGCUAUUGAAAAUUGGUUCUAUGAGAAACUAUAGCUGUUCUUGAUUUGUCCAUGUUGUUGCUGAUUCCCCUGUUUUGAGCCUAGGUCUCUUUUACUGCAUGGGUUUUAUCUUAUUUAGUGGAUUAUACUAAUUUAUGUAGAGUAUCAAGUAAUACUAAUAGCUUGCUGUUUUUGAGUAUGAGUAGCUGCGGAGAGAACGUCCUGAUAUCAAAAUUGCGUGACAUCAGACGAACUUGAAGCUUAAGUGAAAGAAAACAAGUGGCUGGGAUGGUUAUGGAUGGUUUGCCAAUUUAUUUCUGGGGCCUGACUUGUUUGGAGACCAUAGUUGAAUGAGAGGAAGGGAGGGAGGGGGGUAGGGGUUCAGCCACUAAGAGAAGAGAAGAGAAGAGAAGAGAAGAGAUGUUUUCUUGAGCCAUUAAUUGUCUUGUUCAUAUUCAUAUUUGUGUGAUGAUGGGUAGCCAGCCAGCCAGCCCUGUUGAAUUGGUGAGAUGCUGUUGCAGCAUUAGAUGGAACAUAAUAUUAUACUAAUAGUUAUAGAUCCAAUGAAUGGAAAACUUGCUGUGGAGUGGAGUGGAGGAUGGGGAGCGGUGGUGUUGUGUGGUGCUACAGAAUCCAGAAAGAAAGAAAGAAAGAAAGAAAGAAAGAAACGAGGUUUGCAUUUGCAUUUGCAUUUGGCAUUUGGAUGCUUUUGUUUCUUAUUUAUUUAUCUAUGGGGUAAUGUAUUUGUUGGCUGAUUGUUGCCCGCCACUAUUUUCUAACUAAACCACUCUAGUCUGGAUUAUGUAUGUUUGUGUGGAGGAGCAACUUCUUCUUCUUCUUCUUC